AUAAACCUCUGUCAUGUUUAUCUCUGACUUUGCCUGCUUGUGUGUCAAAGUAUCGGGGGAGUGGAUUUGUUAUCAGCAGCUUUACAUGAUCUGGUCAAAGUGCAUGCAACAUGUCGUGCUUUUUUCUCAGCUGGUGAAUCUGCAUCCAUUUAAAAAAACAACAACUUUGGAAUAAACUCUAACCAGGUUGCAGGAAUGACUAAGGAGAAGACUCAGUGGAAGGAGUUUUUGGAGGCAAUAAGUGUUCUGCAAUGGGUGCUAACCUUUCUCUUCUUAGGAUUAUUUUGCAGCAUCUUGACGGUGUAUCUGAUGUUCACGUCGCUGUGGCCCCUCCCUACUCUCUACUUCAUCUGGCUGGUGAUAGACUGGCACACCCCUGAGAGAGGGGGCAUGAAGAACCAAUUUGUGAGGAGAUGGAAAGUUUGGGAGCACCUGAGAGAUUUUUUCCCAGUCAAGUUGGUGAAGACGGCCGAGCUAAACCCAAACAAGAACUACAUACUGGGGUGUCACCCUCAUGGGAUCAUGAGUGCUGGAGCCUUCACCUGCUUCAGCACGGAGAGCUGCGGCUUCACCGAGCUCUUUCCUGGAGUGAAGGCCAACCUGGCUAUACUGGCUGGACUCUUCAGGAUCCCUCUCUUUAGGGAGUACAUAAUGUCUGCAGGUCUUUAUCCGGUCAGCAAGCCGAGCCUUGCCUACCUCCUCUCACAGAAGGGCAAAGGAAAUGCUGUGGUGAUCGUGAUAGGGGGCGCUGCCGAGUCUCUGGCGUCCUCUCCUGGAAUGAACACAGUCGUCAUGAAGAAGAGAAAAGGAUUUGUCAGAGUGGCUCUUGAGUCUGGGGCUGAUCUGGUUCCUGUUUACUCAUUCGGGGAGAAUGACCUCUUUCGGCAGGUGAUUUUCUCCGAUGGCAGCCUGGGUCGGAGGUUACAGGAUUUGUUUAAAAAGAUCAUGGGUUUCGCCCCGUGUCUGUUUGUCGGCGAGCGCAUGGCGUUCAUGCCCUACAAGUCUCAAGUCACCACCGUGGUGGGAAGUCCAAUCUCAGUGCCGAAGCGUACCACGCCUACUGAUGAGGAGGUCGACCACUAUCACAACCUCUACAUGGACGCUCUGACCGAGUUAUUCCACCAACACAAAGUCAGCUGUGGACUUUCUGAGAAUCACAAGCUUCAGAUUAUUUAGAUUUGACACUUGGGAGAUAAAACUGUGUGGCUGUUUUUUUUCCUGAAUUGCUUUUGUAAGAUGGAAAUGAUCACACACAACACUUCAGGCCUGCAGGUUUGUGUUCACACAGCAGGCUCAGUCUGUUUCUGAGAAUAUUUAACAAAAACAUGGGCCUUCAAUAAUUACACAACUGGGACAACUUUGUCUUACUUUGCAGUAGUUUUGAUUUCCUAAAUCUGGACUGUUUUUGAUAAAUAUUUGUGAAGAAAGAUGCAUCAAAUAAAAUACUGUCAAAAUGUGUAACUCUGCUGACAGUCAUCUUAAUUGAUGAGACGCUGUCUUUAAAGCUUGUUAUUCAGCAACUCGUAAAAAAAGUUGCGGCUUGGUUUUUAUUGCAGAAAUUAGUCUUGUUUUCCCUUUGCUGCAGGGCACUGACUCAUCACUGUAAUCCGUAUAGUUGAGUUGGCUGGCCUGCGUUGUGUCUUCUUAAAAUCAUUGGCAUGUCCUUAUUUAUAAAGCUAUUCUUGACAUGUUUGGCCCCUA